AUGUCGUACCACUCUGACGAGAAUGAGUUUCUCAGAGCCCUAGGGGUAUCUUCGGAUGGCCUGCAAAAAGAAUUUUCAAAUCCAGUCGUAUGUAAAAAAAAGAAGACAAAAACGGCAUACGACCAUUACAUUAAAAUGUAUCGAAGGAUUCGCAUAGAGAUGUUGAGUAGACCUAUGUGUCGGAAAUUGCGACCAUGGCCAAAUCCAAAACUCGAGGGGCCUUUUGAGAUUUCUCGUGCAGCUCUUAAAGCUAAACUUACAGAUAGAUUGGAAUAUUUAGCAAUACCAAAACAAGAAAGCGAUAGUUGGAAAAGCUAUUACUCGCCAACUGUGUCACGAGGGAACAAAAUAAAAACAAUUAGUGAUCGAUUGAUCACACUGUCCAAGCCCAAACCGUGCAUAGAUGAUAUGGAUGAAAACAUUGUAAAAACACGUUUUAAAAGCAAAAAUGAAUGGCUGGCUUAUAUGAAAAAACUCAAAAUAUUCGGUGCACCCAGACGAACGCCGCCAUGUUCCCCGCUGCCAAAGAGAAAGAAAAAACCAUUAGAAACAAUUAUGACACGUCUUGAACCGUUGUCCCAACCCGUCAAUCGUCCCCCGAACAUGAAUGAAAAGACAUAUGAAGAAUUAUACACGAUUAAAAGUACAGCUUUGAAAUAUAACGCCAGUGAUAGAACUAAAAAUCUGGCUGUUGCCAAGCAAUUAAAUGAAGAGACUUUGAUGGAUAUAAAUUACAAUCCACUAGAUAAACUCAUUAACGCGAAAAAAUACAUUGCUACAGACAGGAUCAAAGAACUGUCGAUACCAAAAGUCAGGGAAACUCCAAAAACGUUUGAUGUUAAAGCGGACGCAUUUACAGUCAAUCCGAAUGCAUUAAAAGCUUGGUGUUCGCCGAGAAUAAAACGAUUGGCCCAACCCAUCGUAAGAGAUUAA